AACUGAACUCAGCCCAAGAUAACCACUUUGCCCAUUUAGGGAGUUGUCUAGUAAAACAACGAAGAUCUGCUCUGUUUUAGUUAGGUCUCUAGGCAGCGGAAGAGUUCCUCCCAAAACUUGCAGUGGUUGAAGGAGGCCAGACGGGGCUAAAGAUAGGUACUUAGCCUGUUGAUAAACAGAACAAUCAGCCACAAAUGCUUUAACUCUCGCCUUCAUUCUUUUCCAAUACACCUCACGGGCUAUUCACUAAUACGUUUUCAGUGCACCACCAUGACCACCCACCAGGCCGUUAUGUAAUUCCUGUAAUAAAAGAGGAAUGGCGGGAGAGCUAGGAGACAUAGGAGGUAAAACUGGAAUGGCAGGAGAGCUAGGAGAGGUAGGAGGUAAAAUUAACUUAACUCGGUAAAGGAGUAGGUCACCGUGGAUAGAAUAUCGUGUUGGAAAUUUCUUCCCUUCACGGUUUGUUUGUCGUAUCUCACUCAACUCCUAAUCAUUAUCAAUCUGAUCAACAAACAAAGUGGUAUUGAGCCCAUUUUGGCACUGCCACUACGGUUGCUGUCAAUUCCCCUGCAUAAACUGCCUUCAAUUUCUUGGUCUUUGGCUUAUUGAAUUAAUUACAGAACAAUUAUAUUGGCCUCAACACUUAAACAUUCAAAUUUUUGUUGUUUGUUAACUGCUAUUACCUCUCCAGCUUGGGUGUACAAAAUAGAGAGAAAGAAUUGGUUUUAUUUUCCUUUUGCCAUUAAUAAUGUGUAAUUCUUAACUCUUCAUUUUUUGUCACCUCACAGAGAAGGGGACUGUGUUAUAAAAGAUUGGAAAUUAAAGCCAACCAACCAAACUCUGCUGUUUUAAAAUGUGCUUUUGCAUGAGAAUCUGGCUCCAGUAUUUGGUGUGCUGGAAACUGGAAUUUUGGAAGUCCCCGUAAUUUGCAUGGCCCUUCUUUAACGUCAUGAUCUUGUUCCGUCGGCAGCACAUUCGGAGAAAUUUUACAGUUUCGGUGGUCGCUGGCACAGAGACGAAGGAUCUUCAUUUUCUGAAUUCAAAAUCUGAAUCUUUAAACCAAAACUCCUAUUUAGAAAACCAUAUAAAUGUGGCCGAAGCUAACAUCCAGUUGAAACAAUUAGUGAGAACCGGUCACUUGAAAGAUGCACGCGAGCUGUUCGAUCAAAUGCCUGAAAAGGAUGAGGUUUCGUGGACUAAUGUUAUUUCUGGGUACGUCAAUGCCUCAGACAUCUAUGAGGCAUUGCUUUUGUUUUCAAAGAUACGGCUUCAACCUGAGCUCCGAAUUGACCCCUUUGUGCUUAGUCUUGGUCUUAAGGCUUGUGGGCUCGAUAUGAAUUACUACUAUGGUACAAAAUUGCAUGGGUAUUCUGUCAAAACAGGUUUAGUCAACUCUGUUUUUGUGGGUAGUGCUCUCCUUGACAUGUAUAUGAAAAUUGGAGAAAUUGGGCGGAGUUGUAAAGUGUUCGAUGAAAUGCCUACAAGAAAUGCAGUGACUUGGACGGCAGUCAUAACUGGGCUUGUUCGUGCAGGGUAUAAUGAAGAAGGGUUGGUUUACUUUUCUAAAAUGGGGAGGUCGAAGGUGGAAUAUGACUCAUUUGCAUAUGCUAUAGCGCUGAAGGCCACGGCUGAUUCAGGUGCACUGAAUCAUGGAAGAGCAAUUCAUACACAGACAUUGAAGAAAGGAUUCGAGGAGAACUCCUUUGUGGCUAAUUCACUGGCUAGCAUGUAUAACAAAUGCGGUAAGCUAGAUUAUGGUUUGUAUAUGUUUGGGAAGAUGAGGACACCAGAUGUUGUUUCUUGGACGACGAUUAUAACGUCAUACGUUCAAAUGGGGGAGGAGGAACGUGGGCUUCAAGCAUUUAGAAGAAUGCACGAGAGCAAUGUGAUUCCAAAUGAAUAUACCUUUGCUGCUGUUAUCUCUGGUUGUGCUAAUCUUUCAAUGUUGAAGUGGGGGCAACAGCUGCAUGCUCGUGUUUUAUGUGUGGGUUUUCUGAAUUCUUUGUCCGUGGCAAAUUCUAUCAUGACCAUGUACUCAAAAUGUGGGGAGCUAGCUUCAGUUUCAAAAUUAUUUUGUACAAUGAUUUUUAGAGACAUCAUUUCAUGGAGCACUAUAAUUGCAGCAUCUUCUCAAGCAUGUUAUGGUGAAGAAGCUUUCAGGUAUCUAUCACGGAUGAGAAGUGAAGGACCAAAACCUAACGAGUUCGCUCUGGCUAGUGUUCUAAGUGUAUGUGGAAGUAUGGCGAUUCUCGAGCAAGGAAAGCAACUGCAUGCUCAUGUUCUGUCUGUUGGGUUAGAACAAACAUCCAUGAUAUGUAGUGCUCUCAUCAUUAUGUACGCAAAAUGCGGUAGCAUCAUGGAAGCUUCAAAAAUCUUUAUGGAUUCAUUGAAAGAUGACAUUAUUUCAUGGACAGCCAUGAUCAGUGGGUAUGCUGAACAUGGACAUAGCCAAGAAGCCAUUGAAUUGUUUGAGAAUAUCCAAAAGGUUGGUUUGAGACCAGAUCCCGUAACCUUUAUUGGUGUUCUUACUGCUUGUAGCCAUGCAGGAAUGGUUGACCUUGGUUUCCACUACUUCAAUUCAAUGAGCAAAGAUUAUCACAUCAGUCCUACAAAAGAACACUAUGGAUGUAUGAUUGAUCUUCUCUGUCGAGCAGGACGAUUGAGUGAUGCAGAGGGCUUGAUCAGAAGCAUGCCGUUUCAACGGGACGAUGUUGUCUGGUCUACUUUGCUGAGGGCAUGUAGAAUCCAUGGUGAUGUUGACUGUGGACAACGCGCUGCUGCUGAAGUUCUAAAAUUAGAUCCAAAUUGUGCUGGGACUCACAUAACCUUAGCUAACAUUUAUGCUGCCAAAGGAAAGUGGAGGGAAGCAGCAAAUAUAAGAAUGUUAAUGAAAUCAAAGGGGGUGGUGAAGGAGCCAGGAUGGUCUUCAAUAAAGGUCAAGGGUAGCAUUUUCGCGUUUGUUGCUGGAGAUCGAUCUCAUCCACAAGGAGAAGACAUAUUCAGUAUGUUGGAGUUGUUGGCUUCGAGAAUGGAAAUUUAUAUUCUUGAGCUGGAGCAUUUAGUAACUGAUGUGGAAGAAUAGCAAACCAUCAUGGUAGUUCAUGUUCAAGGGGACUAGGGUUAAUUAAGAGGGAAUGAGUUCAAACCCUAUGAUGGCCAUCUAUCUUAGGAAUUAGUAAUUCUUAUAUGUUAAGCUGGUCCACUAGCAGAAUAUUUGAUUUGUACACUGCAACGUUAGAGAUGUCAAGCAUGUCUUGAGGGAUAUGUGGAAGAUUUUUUUAGAAUAUUUUUCAGAAGAGGAAUAGAUAAUCGAGCAGAAGAAUUACAAGCAUGUUGGUUUAGCCUUA